GCAAUAUUUAGUGCUGUGCGUUUCUCCGUUAGAGUCGGACGUCUUGGUAGUAUUCUCUUAGUACACGUAUAUGUCGGAUCGGAGAAGUGAGAAAAGAUAAAAGCGAUUCAUGCGACUGAGUCAUGCGAAAAUGAAUUCGUUGCGGUGCGUCGUUCUCUUUCUGGCCUUGACCCUCCCAUGGGAGUCGGAGGCUCUCAUAAGAGAUAAUCCCUUAUUCACAAACACUUCAUCCCCCUAUGCUGAUAUCCGCACAUCUUUAAGCUCGCGAGGCAAACGCGAGGAUUCAAACGAAAAAUGUUCGAAGGAGAACAGGGUCUGUCGAUUGGUGAACGGCAGACAGAAGUACCACAACUGCGAUCGGAACAUAAAGCAAUCGGAUUUUGUUCGGCUGCAGUUGCUGUACUGUGAUGCCACAAGCUGCGAGCCGGAAGAGUUCCGGCACGACUAUAUCGUGCGGAACCACGACCAGACACCGCACACGAACCAGUGGAAGCGGGCCAGAGUCGGGGAGAAUGCCACCCUGCACGACGUGUGCAUCCUCAGGAACGGAAUGCCGGUCACGAGGAGGUGUGAGCGAGACGACAACAGGGCCAAGUGGGAGAAAAUAGAUAAGUGGCAGCCCGUCGUGUGCCUGAGACACUUUAGGGAGCGCACGAUCAGCGUGGAGCUGAACAGCCUGCACGACGACAUCCUCGAGGGAAGGCGGCGCGCCAACGAAACCCAGGGUCGGCGCCAGAUGGCGGCCACGAUGAGGAACAUGUUUAGGCAGCCCGACAAGAGUGUCCUGCCCGCCGAUGUGCAUAUGACGGGGCAGGUCCUCGGUGCCCUGAUGGAGCAGGACAAGGAUGCGGCGGUGAGCGCGGACUUGGUCAGUGUGUACAAGGAGAUCAUGUCCACCGACAGCCAGGUGCUGCGUCUCUCCGCCCAGCUGAACUCCACCAACUCUCUGCUCAGCCAGUUCGAGGACUACAUGGACGGUCUAGCCACGCAGCUGGUGUCCAGAGAGCAGUGUGGCAAGGUCGUGCCCCAGGCCCAGGCCGCCAGCGAUGCCGCCGAAGUGGCAGCCACAGGCGUCGAAACUGUCAACUUCUCGGACAUUGGAGUCCAGGCUCUGUUGAGCGGCAACCUCAGUGUGUUCUUUGUCAAUCCGGAGUGCGACAGCAUCACGGGCAUAGCCAUCUACUCCGCCCAGGCCGAGGGCAGGAAAUCGAGCAGCGAGUUCUGGUAUCGCUUCCUGCGCGCCAGCGACAGCUUGGAGAGCCUGAAGCGGGAGUCCGACCUGGAGAUGGCCACCUUCCUGCCCAAUCAGCUGUGGGCCAAGGUGAAGCUGAGCGGAGCCACUUACUUGGUCUUCAAGAUCUAUGCCCACGAUGCCCUCUUUGUGGAGAUGUCGCGGACACGCAGUCGCAGGCCUCGCAGCAAGGUCAUAUCCAUAUCCAUACCAGGACUUUUGAAUCAUAUGCUGCCCGAGAGCCUGCCCUUCCUGCUGCGCAAUGAGAACAUCCGUGAGCCCGAUGCGAGGUCCCUCAGCAAGGGCAGCGGCUGCGGCUACUGGGACUAUGCGACCUGGUCGGAAUACGGCGUCACCACCACCAGCAGCAGCAGCAGCUCGGACCUGCUACGGGAUCCGAUCAUCGUUUGCCAUACGGACCACCUCACCCAGUUCUCGUUCCUGAUCGGCGGCAGCUACCGCACCAACGACCUGGGCGAGGAGGUUCUCAUCACGCCCCUCAACGAGCGGGUGCUGGACAUCAUCUCCAUUGUGGGCUGCUGCCUGUCGCUGAUGGGGGUGAUUGGGAUCUUCCUCACCGCCGCUUUCUUCAAGAGUUGGCGCAGCCAGGCCUCCACCAAGGUGCUGCUCCACCUGUGCCUGGCCAUGACCCUCGAAAUGGUUCUCUUUGUCUUCCUCAAUACGGACGACGUAUCCGAACAGCUGGUGGCCAACGGAGACACCGCACGCUGCGUGGCCUUGGGGGCCAGCCUGCAGUACUCCAUUCUGGUGCUCUUCUGCUGGAUGCUCAUAAUCGCCUUCCUGCAGUUCCAGCGCUACGUCACGGUGAUUGGCAUCGAGCGGCCCAGCCACUACAUUCUGAAGGCGGCGCUGGUGGCCUGGUCCCUGCCCCUGCUGCCCACCUUGCUGGUGGCUUUCAUAGACCCGGACUGCUACCUGCCCUCGUCCAGUCAGCUGGCAACCGACACUGGGAUCUGCUACCCAUCGGGCCACGGCCUCAUCUUCGGCCUGGUGCUGCCCGUCACCCUGGUUACUGUGGCCAAUCUGGUGAUCUUUGUGUAUGUCUUCUACAGCAUCUCGCACUCGCUCAGCCAGAGCGUCCACAAGUCCGAGCGGAAGAUGGUCGUCAAGCAGAUCCGGCUCUCCAUUCUGCUGUUCUUCCUGCUUGGGCUCUCCUGGAUCUUCGGUAUCUUCGCCUUCAUGCAGGCGGGCGUGGCCUUCUCGUAUCUGUUCUGCAUCACGGCCACCAUGCAGGGAUUCGUGCUGUUCGUCUACUUUGUGCUCUUCGAUGCAGCCGCUCGACGCGCUUGGAUGGGUCUCUUCUGCCCCACCAAAAUGUCGCUGGACGUGCAAAAGCGCACAACCGAGCUGCAGUCGAUGACCACCUCAUCCACCAACUACUCGCACAGAUCGCAUCAUUAGUUUUAUCCACAGAUAUCGCCCAGUCAGUCCAGCCAGUUUUUGUCAGCCACCCCACGAACAAAUUGUAC